AUGCUCGGAAAGAAUUGGUCACUAGUCUUUCUCGCUGCCGUUGGGGCAGCGGCCAAGGAUCCGUAUGAUUAUGUCCUCGUCGGUGGUGGCACCGCAGGUCUCGCUCUAGCGACGCGACUGAGCAUUGGCCUUCCAAAUUCACAAAUCCUCGUCUUGGAAGCUGGUCCUGCAGCCCUUGACGAGCUUAGAAUCAACGUCCCCGGACUGCGUGGCUCAGCCUUAGGAUCGAUAUACGACUGGAACUUUACGACGACAGCCCAGGAGCACCUCGGCAAUAGAACCAUUGAUGUCAACCGAGGAAAGGUCCUUGGGGGCUCCGCAGCGCUCAACUACCUGUGCUACGACCGUGCUGCGGCCGCUGAGUACGACGCCUGGGGUCAGUUGGGCAACUCGGGGUGGAACUGGAAUGUCAUGUUAGCAGCUAUGAUGAAGGCGGAGAAUUUUACGGGCGCCGAUGACGGCGACAAGCACGGACGCACAGGUCCUAUCCGGAACACUUUCAACCGCGUCAUACCCGAAAUGCUGACGACGUGGAAGCCGACGCUGAAAAAACUCGGCGUUCCCGGCAACGACGAGGGGUCGCUGGGUGGCAACCCAAUCGGCGUCAUGUACCAGCCCACCAACAUCGACACUACCCACUGGACCCGAUCCAACAGCGCCAACAGCUACCUGCCUCUCGCCGGCCCGAAUCUCGAGGUGAGGACAAACAGCCCAGUAGCGAGGGUCGAGUUCGCGAAACGCGUCGGAAGCGAGCCACUGCGCGCAACGGGUGUAGUUCUGGAAGACGGCACCACGAUCCUCGCCCGCCGCGAAGUCAUCCUGUCGGCGGGAGCCGUUCAAAGCCCGGGCCUGCUCGAGAUGUCCGGCAUCGGCCAGCCCGCGGUGCUCAGCGCCGCUGGCAUCACGCCUCUCGUCCCCCUCGCAGGCGUCGGUGAGAACUACCAGGAUCACAUUCGCACGUCCAAUGUCUACCGUGUCAAGCCCAACAUCAGCUCCUUCGACGCCAUGAUCUUCGACAGCAACGGCGCCUUCGCCACCGAGCAGAUGCGCCAGUGGCUAGCCGGGAACUACUCUUGGUACGACUAUACCACGGCGGCCUACUCGUUUCUCAACUGGGGCCACGUCACGAGCAACACCACCUCGGAAGCGACCCUCAUCAGCCUGGCCGAGAGGUCCGCCAGCAGCAGCAACACCACCAGCGUCAUCGACCGUAAGAAACUCGACUUCCUCCGCGACCCGUCCGUGCCGCAGCUCGAGCUCAUCAUGGAAAGCAACUUCGUCGGCGCCGGCGCCUACCCCGGCGGCAGCUUCAUGACGCUGAUCUCGUCUAUCAUGCACCCGAUGAGCCGCGGCAGCGUGCACAUGCCCCCCGCGGGCAGCGGUAGCGGCAAACCCAUCAUCGACCCAGGGUACCUGUCCAGCGAAUACGACGUGCAGGCUCUGAUCGCGGGCGCCAAGUUCGCGCGGCGCGUGGCGCAGACGGAGCCCAUGGCCGCGCUGUGGGAGGCGGAGGCGGAGCCCGGCGCGGGCGUGCAGACGGAGCAACAGUGGCGCGACUGGGCGACGGCGACCAUGGGGAGCUUUUAUCACCCUGUCGGCACGUGCGCCAUGCUGCCUGAGAGAGACGGCGGCGUGGUGGACGCGUCGCUCGUGGUGCACGGGACGGCGAACCUGCGGGUCGCGGACUGUAGUGUGAUUCCCGUGCUGCUGUCGGCGCAUCUCCAGACGGCCGCGUACGGGAUUGCCGAAGUGGCGGCGGACUUGGUGAUUCGCGCUGCGAGGGGCGUGGUGGUGGUGUAA